AUGAAGAGAGAAGGCCGGCAACAUGGGAUGGUGCGAACUUAUCCGAUCAUGCCAUCUCCGAUGAAUCCCGGGCCCAACAGCGCCUCCGCCGCCGUCGACGGCUCACCGCCGCCGCCCACCGCCGGGGUCUUCACCAAGGUCUCCCGCAAGCCCACCAACCACUCCAAGUUCACCGGCAAAUGUAGGGUGCCACGGUGCAACGAGUGCCACAUCCACCCUUGUGGCAAGUCCAAGGACAAGGCCAAGGGGACCCACAAGUCCCGGGCCGGGUCCCACGACGUCGCGACCAGUCACCUCAUGUGGAGGCUCGCAGAUCGCCGACACGUGUCUGAUUCUGAUGGGUUGUCAUCGGCUACGGAGAUUUCGGGGUAUUUGGUGGCGAGCAACGGAUAUAAUGAUGAUGACAUAUGGUGA